CGUUCCCUGCGAGGAACAAGGGCGGGGCGGCGGUUUGUUUUGGGGUAGCUGACGCAGACCGCGCCGAGACCGGGACAUGGAAAGAUGGCGAGUUUGGAAACAGCAGCAGAGCAUGAGCGGAUUCUCCGGGAAUUGGAAAGCACAGACUCUAAUUGUAUCGGACCAACCCUACGGUCAGUUUAUGAUGGUCUGGAACAUGGCCACUUUAUGGACAAACUGGAAGCACGUAUCCGCAAUCAUGACCGAGAGAUUGAGAAAAUGUGCAACUUCCAUUAUCAGGGCUUUGUAGACUCAAUUACAGAACUGCUUAAAGUCCGGGCUGAAGCUCAGAAGCUCAAGAAUCGAGUGAUUGACACCAAUACACGGCUGCAGAAUGAUGGAAAGGAGCUGAUUUCUGUUGUGGAGGAGCUGAAAAAAUGCAGAUUACAGCAACGGAAUAUUGCCUCAACAAUUGACAAGCUAACUCUCUGUCUGCCAGUUUUGGAAAUGUAUAGUAGGCUUCAGGAACAGAUGAAAACUAAAAGACACUACCCUGCUCUAAAAACCUUGGAACAAGUGGAGCACCAUUACCUGCCCCAUGUUAGCCAGUACCGUUUUUGCAAGAUUAUGAGUGAUAACAUUCCUCGCUUGCGCAUGGAGAUUAAGGAUGUAUCAAUGUCUGACCUGAAAGAUUUCCUGGAAAGCAUUCGCAAGCACUCUGACAAGAUUGGGGAGACUGCCAUGAAACAGGCCCAGCAGUUAAGAACCAUGGACACUGCCCUCUCCCAUCAGCAGAGGGCAGGCAGCAGGCGAGCAAAGAAAGAAACAGCACCAGUUACAGAGCUGGAGAGUGAUAACACAAGCCCCAUGUCUGAAAAAGACUCUGGAAUACUUGAUGUAGAAGAUGAGGAGGAGGAAGAAGAGGUACUUGCUGCCCAGGAUCUGGUAGACUUUUCUCCAGUGUACCGAUGUUUACAUAUAUAUACUGUGCAGGGUGCAAGAAACAUAUUUGAAAACUAUUACAGAAAACAGAGGAGGAAACAGGCUCGACUGGUGCUACAGCCACACUCCAACAUGCAUGAAACUUUACAAGGAUACAGAAAAUAUUUUCAUCAGAUAGUGGGUUUUUUUGUUGUGGAAGACCACAUUUUGCACACAACGAGAGGCUUGGUGAACAAGGCCUAUGUGGAUGAGUUAUGGGACAUGGCCCUGUCUAAAACCAUUGCUGCACUACGAACACAUUCAUCAUUUAGUACAGACCCCACUCUAAUCCUUGACUUGAAGCAUCUCAUUGUCCUCUUUGCUGAUACAUUACAGGGAUAUGGAUUCCCUGUCAAUCAGCUCUUUGACCUACUUCUUGAAAUCAGGGAUCAGUACAAUGAGAUCCUUCUGAAGCAGUGGGCAUUAGUUUUUAGAGAAAUCCUGGAGCAUGAUAAUUACAGCCCGAUUCCUAUUGCAGAUGAAGCAGGCUACAGACAAAUUUUAGGUCAAUUUCCUUUUCAGGAUGCAGAACUGGAAAAGCUUCCUUUUCCUAAAAAAUUUCCAUUCUCUGAGUUUGUGCCAAAGGUUUACUGUCAACUGAAGGAAUUUAUUUAUGCUUGUCUAAAGUUUUCAGAGGACCUUCACCUCAGUUCAACAGAGAUUGAUGAUAUGAUUCGCAAAUCAACUAACCUCCUCUUGACACGAACCUUGAGCAACUGCUUACAGAAUGAAAUUAAAAGGAAGAAUGUUGGCCUGACAGAGUUAGUUCAAAUCAUCAUAAACACUACACACCUUGAACAGUCAUGCCGCUACCUGGAGGAGUUUAUCACCAACAUUACCAAUGUGCCUCCUGACACUGUCAAUGCUACUAAACUCUAUGGAACAUCAACAUUCAAGGAUGCUCGCCAUGCUGCAGAAGAAGAAAUCUACACCAACCUAAAUCAAAAAAUUGACCAGUUCUUGCAGCUGGCCAGCUAUGACUGGAUGGCAGCUAGGGCUAAUGGAGAGCCAAGUGAUUAUCUGAGUGACCUGAUUGCCUUCCUAAGGAGUACAUUUACAGUUUUCACUCACUUACCUGGUAUGGUGUAUGAACAUGCUACCAUGCCGGGUAAAGUGGCACAGACUGCCUGUAUGUCUGCAUGCAAGCACCUUUCCACCUCUCUGCAGCAAAUGUUGCUCCAGUCUGAUAUAAAGCAGAUUUCAUUGGGUGCACUGCAACAAUUCAACAUUGAUGUCACGGAAUGUGAGAACUUUGCCAGAGCGGGGCCUGUGCCUGGGUUUCAAGGGGACACUUUGUUGCUGGCCUUCAUCAACUUGAGACAACUCCUAGAUCUGUUCAUUCAGUGGGACUGGUCUACCUACCUGGCUGAUUUUGGUCGACCCAACUGCAGAUACCUCAGGGUGAAUCCACACAUUGCACUAGCGGUCCUGGAAAAGAUUUCCAAGGCGAUGAAAGACUCAAGUCGUAAGAACGCCGUGUUUGCACAGUUUCGAAGGAAUGAGAGGGAUAAGCAGAAGCUAAUUGAAACAGUGGCCAAGCAACUGCGCACACUAAUUAACUCCCAGCAGACUUGAGAAUGGGUUGCCUAAAACAUUCCAAGGAUUGCCCACCUGAUGCUCAUCUUGUCAUUUCUCUACAUUAUUGUAUAUUCUCUAUUUUUAAUAGUACUUUCUACUUUUGAACAUGCAAGCUUUGCUAGUAGUACCAAUUUAUAAAAGUAAUGGAGUUUCAGGUUAGCAGAAUGUUUGUGUUUUCUAUGAACUUCAUUUUUGGCUUAAUUUCUAUAUCUGGCUGGCCUUUUAUAUGCAUUAGGUGAUGUGUGGUUUCUAGCUGGCAUCAGCAUUGGUGAUAAACCCCUCUUCCUGACUGUGUGCCAAGGAAAAGUUCAAUAUGUGUCUUCCCCGACUAAGCCUCAUACUUCUUUACAAUGUUUAUGAGGAGGUUCCUGAGGCUUAGAUGUUUUAAGAGACUGAGUAUGUGUUUCGUAAUUCAAGCAGAUCUGUGCAGUCUCAUUUCUACAAAAGAUUGUGAAUAUAAUUAUGGUCUUUAGUCUGCUUGUUGAUCCCAAAGACAUAGUUCACCUUUUUUAGAUCUGUCUAACACUGCGAAGACAGUAAAAUGUUUGGUUCAGUAACAUCUUUAGCUUAAUCUAGAUAGUCACUUUGUAAUGACUUCAGUUUAGUUUAGAUGGUCGCUCUCAAGAACAUGUAGAGUUGUAAAAUUCUCUCUGCUGUAUCCGUGCUUGUAGAAUCGGUGCUUUUAAGGCAGUAACUCAAUCAAAUGACACACAGGUAAUUAUUUAAAUAUCUAGUGUCAAACAACAAAACACUUGCAGUUGUCAGGAAUUUAAUAAAUACUAAUAUUUAUUAUAUUUUAAUUAAUUUUAAUAUAAAUGUUCAAAAAAUGCAUUUUUAUUUUAUGGUAUAUGACAUCAAAUGACUGGAUUUGCAUAAUGUGUAUUCUUACCAAAUAAUUAUCUGACUGGUGAGAAGAUAUCUAAUGUCAAGCAUGAGAUAACCUGAGGAGCAUUGUACUUUUCCUUCACAGUGUUUAACAUAAACACACCAUUACAUGACUAAAAGAAAACUUGCUGAGAGCUGCACAAAUGCGAAGUGCUUAGUCAAUUUACACCAUAUUGUUGAACAUUGUUAUGCAAUUGUCAGUGAGUAAAUGGUGAAUCAUUUAAAGUGGCCACAUAUUUAAGGCCAGCUUAUUUCUUGGAAAGCUCAUCUCCAAGUAGCAUGGUAUUUUCAGAUAUUGUGUUUAUUGUCUUUUCUGCUAGAAGUUACUUCUGACUUAAACAAAAGAUCAUUGGUACAGUAAUUAUGCUAGAUCAGCUAUGACACAACUUUGGUACUUAGACUACCCUUCACAAAUUUUUUUUGGGGUCCUGCAUAAACAUUGUAACAGAAUAGAAUCUAUUAAAGACCUGUGCCAGCUGGCAGUAAAUUGCAGCCAGGAUGGCUGUUUUUCUGACAUUAUUGUCCUCAAUUCUUAUUAAGGAGAACUGACUAUGUGAUGACAGUGGUACGUGAACAGCACAAGAUCUGCUUGGUUUUCUAUAGGUAGAUUUUGGUGACUGCUAACUUAAACCGUUAUAGGUCAUUUUGCUGCUUAAAAGCCCUCUGCUGAUGUUCAGUGGACAGCUACUGAAGUAUACCCUGGAACCUUCUCGGGGGACCUGGAUUUAAUGAAUUGGGAUGAAGGAUUAAAUGACAGUUGCAGAAAAGUUAAGCGUGAGCUCUUACAGUUCUACUGAGACUGUCAGCUUUUAGUGUAAUUCAAUAAGUCCCAGUUGUCUCAGUGUUACCAAAUACACGCUGUCUCUACUGUACAGCUCCUAAGUUAACCUGUUAAUUGCCAGCUGCCCUAUCCAAUGGCUCAUUUACAUUUGUCUUCUCAAUAUGCCAUGCCACAUGGAGAAGGAUGCAAAAGCAGAAGAACUGUAAAGAAAAUGAAUAGUGUGAAAUCAACCAGCUUCACAUCUAAAAAUAAAGGUGCCUUUUUCUUCACCUUUAUUUUUUUGAAAGAUUUCAUGUUUUUUAUCUUUUAUCAUUGUAUUAAGUAUAUAAAAGUAAUCCAUUUCAGCAUUUAUAAUCCCAAAUUUCAGUACAUUUUUAUGUUUCUAUCCUCUAGCCAUCCCAAACUCGUUUAGAAUGUGAUGUCUGUGAACCAGUUAAACAGUGCAGCAAGCCAGUCAUCAUACCUUGUUAAAACACCUUUAGUAAAAACAUUCAUAUUCACAUUUGCAGCAGAACUGGGACACUGGUGUUUUAUAUUUCACAAAACAGGCUGAAGUGUUUGACCCCUGUGUUCAUUAGCUGUGUUUUCUAUUUGGAUGACUCUUGUAUUGUAAAAGUGCCUUCUUCAAAUUAAGACUUGCAUACCUGCUGUCGUUUAACUGUCAGAUGUUUCACUUUUGUCUCCCAGUAAUACACAAAUCAAUCUGUUUAUUUCAGAUGCAGCCACAUCUGUCUUGAUGGGUAUGGGUUUUCCAUUGAAUUUAUUUUCACCUUGUCACGUCAUUAAGUAAAGUGAUUGCCAAUGUAAACAUGGCAGAGUAGCCAUUCAGAUUUGGAUACCUGAGCAAUAAAUGGGCCUUGUUAACUCCAUUUGGAGUGGUUCUCAUUGUCCUUUUAUAAUCUGAAUUAUUAGACUUUUGAUGUGUUUAUUUACAGACAGUGAUAGUAAUUAGCUUUUUUUUUGUGUGUGUAUAUGAAUGCCUCCAGUGACACCAAAAUAUAAUUUUUUACAACUGUUUGACUUCAAGGGCUACAUAUUAAGGGAUUAUGUGCCUUCUUUGGCUCUUUUGAUAUUCAGUCUUGAUUUUGUGAUAGUGCUGCCAUAUUCAACUACUGUACUGUACUUCAUUGUGAAAUACUGACUAUAUUGCAACAGCUAUCUGGUCAAGUGCUCUAUUUGCUUUGAUAUAUAUAUAUAUAUAUAUAUAUAUAUAUAUAUAUAUAUAUAUAUAUAUAUAUAUAGGUAAACCUCUGACAUCAAAAAAGGGAAUGUUUUGACAAAGAGAAUUAGUUAAUCUGCUACACUUCUCAUUUUUUACAAUUACCGAGUCUACAUCCUAGGUGGAGGAUCAUUAAAAAUCUGGUAAAUAAACAAUAAAGGUAUAUAGAAUGUAGGUGAUGAAUGAGAAGUUUAAAAAGGCACUUGUGUGUCACCUCUCCUAACCAGACUUGAGCCUGAUGGGUCAAUCUCGAUGAUCUAGACUGUAGCAUUGACUCAACCUCACUCAUAACAGUUUGUCUGUGUGAACCUCUAGAAGGCCUCAUUUUCUGUGCCUCAGUCUACUUUUUAGAGCUUAGUCUGCUCUCCCUAAGAUCUGGUGAGUUGUGGGUGUGAUAUACAGUAACCAGUAUAAAUAUAAUUUUCUCUGUUUGCUGUUAAAAACAGCUUGUCACAAUGUUACUUUUCAGUGUUUCAGGAUGGGAUUAUAGUAUGGGAUUUUGCUUUAUGUAAAAUUUAAAGGUUGUUUUGCAGCCUUUUUUUUUUCUUCUGUUUGACACAAAGCUACUGAGCUGUUCAAUACUAAGAGAGGGGAGUAUUAAAUGGAACAAAGGGAAUAAGAAUUUUGAUAGAGAGGUUUGGGGAUUUUGGUUGUGCCUGCUGUCUUCAACAUUGUAUACUCAUUGUAAAGUUUUAUUAAUGUUGCAUAUUUGCAAUAAAAAUUAUCUAAGUCA